CGGUGAAUAGAGCUUCGCAGCUUUGCUCCCUAGUCACCCUCAAACCUCACUCACUCUUUCAUCCUCCUCUAUCGCUCCACCAAAGUCUUCUCUUCCUCUCGAGUCUCGGCGGCCUACAAAAACCCUCCGCUGCACUCAGCGCUUAGAGUCACUCUCUCUCUCAAUGGCGGACCCAGAGAACGCCAUAGGGGCAACGACUCUGCGAUAUGCUUUUGGCAAUGUUCUCUCCUUCUUCAUCCUUCUCUUGAUCGGAGUUCUCGCCUUCUCGAUCCGUCUCUUCUCUGUCAUAAAGUACGAGAGUGUUAUUCAUGAGUUUGAUCCUUAUUUCAAUUACAGAGUCACCCAGUUUUUAACGAAGAAUGGGAUUUAUGACUUUUGGAAUUGGUUUGAUGACCGAACCUGGUAUCCUCUUGGUCGAGUGAUUGGUGGAACUGUUUAUCCUGGGUUGACCUUGACUGCAGGCACCCUAUGGUGGGCAUUGAAUUCUUUGAAUAUUCCUUUGUCCGUUGAGACUGUUUGUGUAUUCACUGCACCAAUUUUCUCUGCAUUUGCUUCAUGGGCCACUUAUCUUUUGACCAAGGAAGUUAAAGGUGCUGGUGCUGGUCUGACAGCAGCUGCUCUUUUGGCCAUGGUUCCAUCAUAUAUAUCUCGAUCAGUGGCUGGCAGCUAUGAUAAUGAAGCUGUAGCUAUAUUUGCUUUAAUAUUCACUUUCUAUCUUUAUAUAAAGACAUUGAAUACAGGAUCCCUCUUUUAUGCCACUUUAAAUGCCUUGGCAUACUUCUACAUGGUUUGCUCAUGGGGAGGUUACACUUUUAUAAUUAAUCUUAUUCCAAUGCAUGUGCUUCUGUGCAUUGUGACUGGUCGGUACUCUUCCAGGUUGUACAUUGCAUAUGCUCCCCUUGUGGUAUUGGGAACGUUAUUGGCUGCUUUGGUGCCUGUUGUUGGUUUUAAUGCAGUCAUGACAUCAGAACAUUUUGCUUCAUUUUUGGUUUUCAUUAUUAUCCAUGUGGUGGCUUUUGUGUAUUAUAUCAAAGGGAUUCUCUCUCCAAAAAUGUUCAAAGUAGCUGUUACGCUUGUUGUAUCCAUUGGCCUGGCAGUCUGUUGCGCUGUGCUGGCAAUUCUAAUAGCGCUGGUUGCUUCCAGCCCAACAAAGGGGUGGAGCGGACGGAGUUUAAGUUUGCUUGACCCAACCUAUGCAAGCAAGUACAUACCAAUUAUCGCCAGUGUUAGUGAACAUCAACCCCCUACAUGGCCAUCUUACUUCAUGGACAUCAAUGUUCUGGCUUUCUUGGUUCCAGCUGGGAUUAUUGCGUGCUUUCUUCCUUUAUCUGAUGCAAGCUCUUUUGUUGUCCUUUACAUUGUGACAUCUGUAUAUUUUUCUGGAGUCAUGGUUCGAUUGAUGCUAGUACUUGCUCCAGCAGCAUGUGUCAUGUCUGGAAUUGCCCUUUCGGAAGCUUUUAGUGUCUUCACAAGAUCAAUUAAAUUUCAGCUACCUGGAUUAUUGGGGAGUUCCCAAUCCCAAGUUGACUCAGGGGAUGCUAGUUCAAGUACUGCUGUCGCACAAAAUGAUGCAGGAAAGGUUGAGAAAACUGAAGAUACAGCAAAAGAACGACCCUCAAAAAAGAACAAGAAAAAAGAAAAAGAGAUUGUGGAUAAACCAUCUCUUAAAACCAAAAUUGAAAAAAGGCUUCUCGUUUUACCUUUGGAGGCAUCAAUCUUUGGUAUACUAUUACUUGUGUUGCUUGGUGCAUUCUAUGUGGUUCAUUGUGUCUGGGCAGCCGCAGAAGCUUAUUCUGCACCAUCUAUUGUUUUAACAUCUUAUUCACGUGAUGGUGGUCUACAUGUUUUUGAUGAUUUUAGAGAGGCCUAUGCAUGGUUAAGCCACAAUACAGAUGUGGAUGAUAAAGUUGCAUCAUGGUGGGACUAUGGUUACCAAACAACUGCUAUGGCUAACCGAACUGUUAUUGUUGACAAUAAUACCUGGAAUAACACACAUAUUGCAACUGUUGGCACUGCCAUGUCUUCUCCUGAAAAGGCAGCCUGGGAAAUCUUUAACUCCUUGGAUGUAAAAUAUGUUCUAGUUGUUUUUGGAGGACUUGUUGGCUACCCCAGUGACGACAUAAAUAAGUUCCUGUGGAUGGUUCGUAUAGGAGGGGGAGUGUUCCCUCAUAUCAAAGAGCCGGACUACCUGAGAGAUGGCCACUAUCGGAUAGAUUCUCAGGCUACGCCAACCAUGCUAAAUUGUCUUAUGUACAAACUCUCAUAUUACAGGUUUGUGGAAACUGAUGGUAGAGGUUUUGAUAGAGUAAGGCAAACAGAAAUUGGGAAGAAAAAUUUCAAACUCACACAUUUUGAGGAGGCAUUCACAACACACCAUUGGAUGGUCCGCAUAUACAAAUUGAAGCCUCCUAAGAACAGGAUCCGAGGGAAGACGAAAAAAUCAAAAUCGAAAACAAGCACAAAAAGAAGCGGAGCAAGUAAGAGGAAUCCAUGGCAUUAGGUAACUUUUUAACAGGUUGAUGUUCUUAGAUGACUGUAUUUGAUAUAUAAUUUGUACUCAACGAGCAUUUGAAGAGAGAUGAGAGAUCAUGCAGGCUUAGUCUAUUAUUUUUAGCUUAUGAGAUGCAAAUGGUCAAUCAAAGAUUUUGCUUUCUUUUAUAAUGACCUUUGGCGUUUCCUCUCAACGUUAUGUAAAACAAACACCAAUCAGUUCUUGAUUUAAUAGCUUUGAAUUUACUCAGCAA